AUGGAUGGUUGCUGGUUUCAUAAGUUCAAGUCAAACAAGGACAAGAUGCAGUCUUCGAAAAACAAGGAAACUGCAAGCGUUGUAAAAGAAAGGUCAAAACCCCCGACAAAUGAAGAAGCUCCUUCAAAUGUCACUCAACAGAAAGUUGCAGCUGCAAAGCAGUACAUAGAAAAUCAUUAUAAGAAGCAGAUGAAGAACUUGCAGGAGAGAAAAGAACGACGUAAUAUGCUCGAAAAAAAGUUGGCUGACUCUGAAGUCUCCGAGGAAGAGCAGAACAACUUGCUAAGGUUUUUUGAGAAAAGGGAGAGGGAAUACAUGCGACUUCAGAGGCAUAAGAUGGGUGCUGAUGAUUUUGAGCCCUUGACUAUGAUAGGGAAGGGUGCAUUUGGAGAGGUCAGAAUCUGCCGAGAGAAGGCAACUCGUAAUGUAUAUGCUAUGAAGAAGCUUAAGAAGUCAGAGAUGCUUCGCCGAGGCCAGGUUGAACAUGUAAAAGCAGAGAGGGACCUACUUGCAGAAGUUGACAGCAAUUACAUUGUAAAGCUUUAUUGUUCCUUUCAAGACGAAGAUUGUUUAUAUCUUAUAAUGGAGUAUCUUCCUGGUGGCGAUAUGAUGACAUUACUCAUGCGGAAGGAUAUACUGACAGAAUAUGAGGCCAGGUUCUAUGUUGGGGAGACUGUGCUAGCUAUAGAGUCGAUUCAUAAACAUAAUUAUAUUCAUAGAGAUAUCAAGCCUGAUAACUUGCUGCUAGAUAGACAUGGUCACAUGAAGUUAUCAGACUUUGGAUUAUGUAAACCACUAGACUGCAGUAAUCUUCAGGAAAAGGACUUCUCUACAGGAAUCAACAGAAGUGGAGCCCUUCAGAGCAAUGGACAACCUGUGGCUCCUAAAAGGACUCAGCAGGAGCAGCUGCUGCAUUGGCAGAAAAAUAGGCGAAUGCUUGCCUAUUCUACAGUAGGAACACCUGACUAUAUUGCCCCUGAAGUUCUCCUGAAGAAAGGAUAUGGCAUGGAAUGUGAUUGGUGGUCUUUGGGAGCUAUAAUGUAUGAAAUGCUAGUGGGAUAUCCACCCUUUUAUUCAGAUGAACCAAUGUUGACUUGUAGAAAGAUAGUCAAUUGGAGAAAUUAUUUAAAAUUUCCAGAAGAAGCUAAACUAUCAGCAGAGGCAAAGGAUCUUAUUAGUAGACUUCUAUGUAAUGUAGAACAGAGGCUUGGAACCAGAGGGGCUGAUGAAAUAAAGGCUCACCCAUGGUUCAAAGGUGUUGAAUGGGAUAAAUUAUACCAAAUGAAAGCUGCUUUUAUUCCUGAGGUCAACGAUGAAUUGGAUACUCAAAAUUUUGAGAAGUUUGAAGAGGUGGACCACCAAUCUCAACCUUCCUCAAAAUCAGGCCCAUGGAGAAAGAUGCUGUCAUCUAAGGAUGUUAACUUUGUUGGCUACACAUAUAAGAACUAUGAAAUCGUGAAUGAUAAUCAUCUAUCUGGAAUGGCUGAACUGAAGAAGAAGAGCACAAAACCUAAACGGCCAUCUAUUAAGACCCUAUUUGAUGAUGAUUCGGCUACGACUGCCAAUCAACCUGGCCAAGGGAGCUACUCAACAGGAAGUUCGAGAGGAAAGUGA